GGCCUCGAGAUGAGCAUGCGUGGAUAGAUUCAAGGCUAAGCAGAAUGUAGCGCGUCAGUGUCAAACAGUCGGAGCGCGAGACGGAAGAGUUGCCAACCUGAGAAAGAAACUCCGUUUAGAAACUCUUCUUAGCUUCUUACUGAAUAUCACCUGGAGGUAUGAAGAGACCAUUGAGCCCGACGUGCCUCCUGGAAAACGGGCGGAUAUGCCUUCCCAUCAGCCCCUGCCUGGACCUGAAGGAGCCCGGCAGCGGUCGGGCGGACCUGCGGGUGCAGCUGGAGAAGAAGAGGCUGCUGUUCUCCCUGUGCGAGGUCUGCAACAUCCAGCUGAACUCAGCCGCCCAGGCCCAAGUCCACUACAACGGCAGGUCUCACCUGAAGAGGAUCAAGCAGCUCAACAACGGGGAGCUCCCCGCUGCCGGCCAGCCCAGCACCACCCUUGGUGGCGGCGGCUCAGGAAGUUCAUGCCAUAGCAACCCACUUCCAACUGCUGUGCAAACUCCAUCUCUGAUGAUGCAGUCCACGCUGGAUGUGAAACCUUUUAUGCCUUUUCCCGUGGAUGCUACGUCUCCGGUGGGACUCUUCCCCAAUUUCAAUACGAUGGACCCUGUGCAGAAAGCUGUGAUCAACCACACGUUUGGAGUCUCCAUCCCUCCAAAGAAAAAGCAAGUUAUCUCCUGCAACAUCUGCCAGCUCCGCUUCAAUUCAGAUAGCCAAGCCGAGGCGCACUACAAAGGGAGCAAACAUGCCAAGAAGCUGAAAUCACAGGAGUCCACCAAAAAUAAGCAGAAAAGUGCGCCUGCCAAGGACAGCGCAAAGACAAUCAGCACCUCCAGCGCGCUCACUGCCAGCACCUCUGACCAAACAGACAAGACUGCGGCGUCUCCGGACGCGCCUAAAGCCUGCACCCCUGCGAAAGCUUUCGUCCCCGCCUCCGUCGUGGCCCUCGCCGCCGCCGCCGCCGCCACCACCGCCGUCGUCCCCAGCCACUGCACGGCCCCGUCGGAGCCUCCGCUCGCCAGCCCGCCCGCCGAGGCCACGAAGAACGGACCAAAGCCAACAGCCGCACCCGCCCUUGAGCCGAGCGCAGAGUCGGAGGAGGAAAAGGCCAAGAAGCUGCUCUACUGCUCCCUAUGCAAAGUGGCUGUUAACUCUCUGUCACAGCUGGAGGCUCAUAAUACAGGUUCAAAGCACAAAACAAUGCUUGAGGCCAGAAAUGGAGCUGGUCCAAUUAAGGCCUACCCCAGACCUGGGUCCAAGCUCAAAGUCCAAGCCACAACGAUCAAGGGGUCGGGUUUACAGAACAAGACGUUCCACUGCGAAAUAUGCGAUGUCCACGUCAAUUCAGAAAUUCAGCUUAAACAGCAUAUUUCCAGUAGGAGGCACAAGGACAGAGUUGCUGGGAAACCCAUGAAGCCCAAAUACAGCCCAUAUAACAAGCAGCAGCGUAGCUCCACCGCACUGGCAGCCAAACUCGCAUUCCAGAAGGACCUGGUGAAGCCGUUGUCACCGCCGUUCCUUUCGAGCCCGUUCUCUCCGUCCACGAUGCCCUCCAUCUCUCUGCACUCGCGGCCCAGCGCCUCCCUCUUUCAGGCCUCGGCGCUGGCGCCCUCCUUCCUGCGCGCCGCUCCCGGGCCCAUCCGGGCCGCGGCAGGGUCCAUCCUCUUCGCGCCAUACUGACCCGUCC